CCAAUGGAGAAGAAAAGAAUAUAUACAUAUAACUCACCUUGGACUGUGUACGGACUGAGUUGGAGUAGUAGACUGAAUCAACCAUUUAGAUUGGCAAUAGGAUCAUUCUUGGAGAACUAUACAAACAGAGUCGAUAUCAUACAGUUGAAUGAAGAGACAGAUGCCUUUGAAGUGUUGUGCGGCUUCGAGCAUCCAUACCCACCGACAAAGUGCAUGUGGAUACCAGACAAGAGUGGCAACAGACUAGAUCUACUUGCCACCACAGGUGACUAUCUACGUCUAUGGGAGUUAACAAAUCAGAAGUCAAUCAAACUAAAGAGUCUAUUAUCAAGUGUACGUAUAU